UGGACCAGUGUUGUGUUGGGGAAUGCUUCCCUCCCAGGGCUUCUCCCUUCUUCCUGCUACUCAGUCUGUUUCUGGGGACCUGCGCGAUGCUGGUGAAAGAGACAGGCAUCACGGUGUUCGGCGUGUGCUUGGUUUAUGAUCUCUUUUCUUUAUCCCACAAUCAUGAUAAAUCGAGCAAUGGGGUCGUCCGUCAGCGCAGCCCACAGCGGCCCGGGAGCUCCCUGCCCACCGCACCGCCGGCGCACCCUCUCCGGGAGAACGGGAAGCAGCAGCGGUUCCCUCACAAAGGAGCUUGGGGUGGCUGCCGCACUCCAUUGCCACCUGAACGCAAGAGCAGUGGGUUCCCUGUGUCUCCUCGAGCUGUGUGGUCCUUGAUGAGGUAUCUGACAGCAAGCCGCAAUAGAAAUUUCUUGCUUACCAUGAGGCCGUUCUUAAAAAGGGCCAUUUUGGUCAUAAGUUAUGUGAUUGUUGUUCUGUACUUCCGUCUGUGGAUAAUGGGAGGAUCCAUGCCCCUCUUUUCAGAGCAGGAUAAUCCAGCUUCAUUUUCACCUUACAUUCUUACAAGGUUCCUUACCUAUUCCUACCUCUUGGCCUUCAACGUGUGGCUUCUGCUUGCACCUGUUACCCUGUGCUAUGACUGGCAGGUGGGCAGUAUUCCUCUGGUAGAGACCAUAUGGGACAUGCGGAACUUAGCCACCAUCCUUCUGGCAGUUGUGAUGGCCUUACUGAGCCUGCAUUGUUUAGCAGCCGUCAAGAGACUGGAGCACAGGGAAGUUUUGGUGGGCUUGUUGUUCCUGGUUUUCCCGUUCAUCCCAGCCAGCAACCUCUUCUUCAGGGUGGGUUUCGUGGUGGCCGAGAGAGUCCUAUACAUGCCUAGCAUGGGCUACUGCAUCCUUUUCGUGCAUGGAAUGAGCAAGCUGUGCACGUGGCUGAAUCGCUGUGGGGCUGCCACCCUGAGCGUGUCCACUGUGCUGCUGCUGCUGCUUUUCUCCUGGAAAACCAUGCAACAGAAUGAAAUUUGGCUGUCGAGAGAGUCCCUAUUCAGGUCUGGAGUUCAGACUCUGCCCCACAAUGCCAAGGUUCACUACAACUACGCCAAUUUCCUGAAGGACCAGGGUCGGAACAGGGAAGCCAUCUACCACUACAGAACGGCCCUCAAGUUGUAUCCGCGCCAUGCAAGUGCCCUGAACAACCUUGGAACACUGACCAGAGACACAGCAGAGGCAAAGAUGUACUAUCAGAGGGCUCUCCGGCUAAACCCACAGCACAACCGGGCUCUUUUCAAUCUUGGGAAUCUCCUUAGGUCUCAGGAGAAAAAGGAAGAGGCUAUCACGUUACUGAAAGAUUCCAUUAAAUAUGGUCCCGAGUUUGCCGAUGCAUAUUCAAGCUUAGCUUCAUUACUGGCUGAGCAGGAGAGGUUUAAGGAAGCUGAGGAAAUAUACCAGGCUGGAAUAAAGAACUGCCCAGAUAGCUCAGACUUACACAACAACUAUGGAGUUUUCCUAGUUGAUACUGGCUCUCCGGAGAAGGCAGUGGCCCAUUACCAACAGGCCAUCAAACUUAGCCCAAGCCAUCAUGUGGCCAUGGUGAACCUGGGGAGACUCUACAGGUCACUAGGAGACAACAGCGUGGCUGAAGAAUGGUACAAACGCGCCUUGCAGGUGGCACGCAAAACUGAGAUAUUAUCACCGUUGGGAGCUCUGUAUUACAACACUGGCAGAUAUGAAGAGGCUUUGCAGAUUUACCGGGAAGCUGUGUCCCUUCAGCCUUCCCAAAGGGACCUCCGCCUGGCACUGGCUCAGGUUUUGGCUGUGAUGGGUCAGACAAAAGAAGCUGAAAAGAUGGCCAAUCACAUUGUGUCAGAGGAGACCGGGUGCCUUGAAUGCUAUCGCCUGCUGUCCGCCAUCCACAGCAAGCAGGAGCAGCACGACAAGGCACUUGAUGCUAUAGACAAGGCUCUGAAGCUGAAACCAAAGGACCCAAAAGUUGUAUCUGAACUUUUCUUCACAAAAGGAAAUCAACUAAGAGAGCAGAACCUUCUUGACAAAGCUUUUGAGAGCUAUAAAGUGGCCGUGGAAUUAAACCCAGAUCAAGCACAGGCCUGGAUGAACAUGGGUGGAAUCCAGCACAUCAAGGGAAACUACGUGUCUGCAAGAGCUUAUUAUGAGAGAGCCUUACAGCUGGUUCCAGACAGCAAACUGCUGCAGGAAAAUCUUGCCAAAUUGGAUCGUCUAGAAAAAAGAUUACAAGAAGUUCGAGAAAAGGAUCAAAUGUAACAGCAUUUGACCCAGGUCUCCAAGGGACAGUACUGGUGCCUUUGGAAGAGGAAGCACUGACAGACGGAAGCCUUGCUUUCACAUCAGUUGGGGCACAACCGAUGACGUUUUCCUCUUACCCGAGUUCAGGGUGGCACCUUUUGGGAAACCUGCUGGUAACCCUGUGCUGGGGACUUGCGUUUCCAUGAAAGAAGACAAAAAAGAGCAAGCAAGGGCCAGAAGGCCCGAAGGAAGGAAAACAGCAACUACACAUUUUACAGAUUUUUGUUUGCUUUAAUUCCAGAUUUCCUUUCAUAUAUUUGUCUGCUUUUCCAACCUGGAAAUCUAAUUCCAUUUCUUAGUGUAGAUACUUGUGUCUCAGAAAUAGAGGCUUGAAAUGCUAUGAACACAUGGCAUCUCUUCUUUAUGAGAGGAGAUAUUUCAGAGAGGAUAAAUCCUCUGGGAUAAACCAUUUGAGAAAUUCUACCAAGAGGUAGCUCACUGAAUUCUCCAGAACUAGAAAAGAGUGUCUAACAGUUUUCGUAAAACCUUCCUGAAUAUAUGGGGAAAGGGGCUAUUGUAAGAUAAAGCUAAGUAAGGUUUGUCUAAUAUCCUUCUGAGGAUAGUGCUAGAGCCCUGUUGAGAAGUAAAUUAAAUUCCACUCUGGUACAAGCUGUUUUCCCAUUGCCUAAUAUGUCAAAAAGGAAGCUUCUGGAAUUGUGUAUGAAUAUUAUUAUUCUUAGGGAAAAAUCAAGGGUCUUGCUACCCCUGACUCUUCAUGGAAAUGUUUUAAAUUAAUUUUAUUACAAGUAUUACUAGAGUAGUGGUUCUGCUCUAAGAUUUCAUAAGUGCUUUUAAAACUCAUACAUGU